AUGAAAUUCAUCAACAAAGCCUGUUGUAAUGGAGGUUUUCCAACUGCUGCUUGGAAUCAUUAUCGAUUUACUGGAUUAGUUACUGGUGGAAAUUACAAUUCGAAACAAGGUUGUGAACCAUACACAAUUCCAUCAUGUGAUCAUCAUGUCAAUGGAUCUCUUCCACCAUGUCAAGGUGAAGAACCAACUCCACAUUGUACACACAAAUGUAUUGAUGGUUAUCCAACUCCAUAUGAUAAAGAUAAACAUCAUGGUAAAAGUGUUUAUUCAGUUCGUUCACAUCAAGAACAAAUUCAAACUGAGAUUAUGAAAAAUGGACCUGUCGAAGGUGCAUUUUCAGUUUAUGCAGAUUUUCUUGCGUAUAAAUCAGGUGUUUAUCAACAUACAGCUGGUUCUUUUCUCGGUGGUCAUGCCAUAAAAAUUCUCGGUUGGGGUGUAGAAAAUUCCACACCUUAUUGGCUUGUUGCUAAUUCAUGGAAUGAAGAUUGGGGCGACAAAGGUUAUUUUAAAAUUCUUCGUGGUUCAGAUGAAUGUGGAAUUGAAAGUGGAAUCGUUGCUGGUGAACCAAAACUUAAUUAA